AUGCCCAUCAAGAUUCCUACUUCCCCUUUCAUCGUCACACAAGGGAAAGAGUUGAAAGUUGGUUCUCAGUAUGUCAUACAAAGAGACGGACACCCACCUCGUAUCGCUACUAUACUGGACACGAGGUUGAGCAAAAAUGAAAAUGGAUUGAAAGAAGCUUAUAUAUCAUUUCUGGGUCAAGAUAAAAGAUUAGAUAUAUGGAUCAAGGAGAGUCAGGUAGGAGAAGAAGUGAAUCAGCUUGUAACUUCAGAAGCAGGGCCGUCGAGACUACCUGCUCUGAAUGAUCGAUCAGAUCACAUAAUCGAAAAUGAAGCUGGCCCAUCUACAAUUUCGAGCAAUGAUAAAAUCAAAGAUAAAGAUGGUGAUUUGGAUCAAAUCAAAGAUCGAAAGAAAAGAUCAGAUAAAUCACCUAGACCAAGGAGUGAAGCUUCGACUCCUGAACGAGAACAUGCCGCUAUGACAAGAGUAAGGAAUUUCGAGGAUGUUAGAUUUGGUGAAUAUCUCAUUAAGACUUGGUACUACUCACCUUAUCCAUUACCGCUCAAUGAUCCUUCUCUUUCCCACGUUCCCAGCACACCACAUCGACCAGAACCCCAAGUAUCGUCUAUAUCAUCAUCGUCGUCAUCGAACCCGUCCAAAAAACGUAGAUUAGACAUUGGAACUACCAAACAUCCCGAUAAAGAAAAGGAGAAAGAGAAAGAUCCGACUGUGAUUGGAAUUGUCACUUCUCAUAGACCGAAUUUAAAACAUAAUAGAACGGUUAGUGAGAUGUUCUCAGGUGUGGGCAAAGGGGGUGAAGGCGCCAGAGGUAGAUUAUGGGUUUGUGAUUUAUGCUUCAAGUAUAUGAGGACUAGAACAGGUUGGGAUAGACAUACCAGCUCUUGCGCGAUGCUGCAACCACCAGGAAGGAAAGUAUACCAAAGGGGAAGUUAUACAAUAUGGGAAGUUGAUGGAGCAUAUUCUACUCUUUACUGUCAGAAUCUCUCGUUGUUUGGCAAGUUGUUUAUAGACCAUAAAUCCGUGUUCUUUCACGUCGAGAACUUCUUGUUUUACGUAUUAUGUGAUGCUGCGACAAGUAGGAGAGAUCAAGUCAUGGCUUUUUUCUCAAAGGAGAAACUAUCCUAUGACGAUCAUAAUCUAGCUUGCAUAGUUGCUUUCCCGCCUUUUCAAAAUCGAGGAUUUGGGAAAUUACUCAUUGAAUUCAGUUAUUACUUAACAUAUCAUCCAUCAACAAGACCACUCUCCUUAUCACCAGGCACACCAGAACGUCCCCUAUCAGAUUUAGGGUUGAAAGGAUAUACAGCUUGUUGGAUUUCGAUAGUCUUGAGGUUUUUCAAAGAUCUGUUAUCUAAUGCAGAACCUUUCAAAUUAUAUGAGUCACCUAGAAAAAUGGUAAAAUCGCCAAUAAAACCUAUUCCACCUAAAAGCAAAGAAUCGGAAGGAAGGGUAUUGAGGAUAAGAAAACCUAUCAGUAGUGAUGAUGACAAGAAUACAACAUUAUCAAGAGGAAAAGGUGAAAAAGUGAUCAUCAAUGAGAUAGAAAUCGUCAAGACUCCCAUUGUCAGUCACAGAGGGCAAUACUCGAUCACAUUGAAUUUGAUGGAAAUUGCAAAAGCUGUUCAUCUUAGAAUCGAUGAUGUAUCUUUCACUUUAUCAGAGUUGGGUCUCCUAUCACACAGAAGGGAUAUGACAAGGACAAGUAGUAGUGCAAGAAAUGCAAGUGGGAAUGUGGACGGAAAUCGAAAAGAAAAUGGGAAUGGAGCAGCAAGUGGGGAAGAAGGGAAAAGGGAUGAGACAGAAGGAGAAUGGAAAGAUAUCGAGAUAGUCAUUUCGAGAGAUAUGAUUGAUGAUUUAUGGAAAAAAUGGAAUGUAAGAGAUAAAGGUGUAUUAGAAGAAGAGUAUGUUUUGUUGUAG